AUGGCAGACAUCCCAGCUCCCACUCCAGUAGUUGAAUGGCCGGAUUACAUUGACAUGCCGACGGGUGGGGAUGUCAUGACAACGGAUCUCAAUGCACUUUAUGAUAAAGGCGACCUUUGCUGGCUACUUAUUGGCUCAGUGCUCUGCUGGCAGAUUACUCCUGCAAUCGGUUUCCUCUAUGCCGGCAUGCACAGACGCAAAGCCGCGCUGACAAUGAUAUUCCAGUCUCUCUUCUGUGCCAGCGCCGUCGGCAUUCAGUUCUGGGUGUAUGGGUAUUCGUUAUAUCAGUCGCAUACCACGAACUCAUUCAUUGGCAAUCUGUCGAAGGCUGGUUUGCACAAUGUCCUUGCUUAUCCAUCUUUGGCGAACCCAGACAUCCCGGACGUACUCUAUGCCUGCUUCGGCUUCACUUUUGUCACCGCAACGGCGAUGGUUUUAGCUGGCGCUAUGCUCGAGCGUGGACGCAUGUGGCCUUCGAUGCUCUUUAUACUUUGCUGGACAACGUUUGUAUAUUACGUGCUGGCGCAUGCCGAGUGGAACCCAUCUGGUUGGUUAUACAAACUCGGAGUGUACGAUUUUGCCGGCAGCGGGCCGGUACACAUUGCCUCUGGUUUCUCAGCUCUGGCUUGGGCCGUCAUGCUGGGUCCGCGUCUCGACCCGCACAAAGAAUCGCAUCACCCCAAGAUGCUUCAUUUCAAGCCUCAUAGCCCUUUUCUGGUUUGUCUUGGAACAAUCCUCAUCUGGUUCGGCUGGUAUGCGUUCAAUGGGGCGUCCACCGCCAACAUCUCGAUCCGCUCCAUCUAUGUGGUCUGCAACACUAACCUCGCAGCAUGUGGCGGCGGCCUGGCAUGGGCUCUUCUCGAGUACAUGCACACCCACAAGUUCUCCAUUAUCGGGUUCUGUUCUGGCAUCAUCGCCGGUCUGGUAGGCAUCACUCCAGCUGCAGGCUUCGUACCCAUUUAUGUCGCCGCGCUUGUGGGUGCUCUGACUUCAUGUGCGUCGUUCUACACCGUUCGGUACAAGUACCUGCUACCCGUCGAUGACGGCCUCGAUAUCUUCGCCAUCCACGGUGUUGGUGGCUUCGUCGGCGACAUUUUGACUGGCUUCUUUGCAGCGAACUAUGUACCGGCCAUGGACGGCGUGAACAAUACAUACGAAGGAGGUUGGUGGGAUAGGAACUGGAAGCAGAUGGGGUACCAGCUUGCCGCGGCAUCUACAUGCGCAGCGUGGUCUUUCGUCGUCUCCAUCAUCCUGCUUUUUGUCAUUAACAAGAUCCCGGGAUGCCACAUCCGGGCUACUGAAGACGAUGAGCUGAGGGGUUUGGACUACAAGUACUUCCACGACGUCGAAUUUGAGGACGGCAUGAUGAUGCUCAACGGGUUUAGCCCGACAACACCGGGUUCAGAGAGGAGUGGUGUCGCAAGCUCGAGAGGUGAGAGGAGCCAGGAGGGGGUGGUUGUGUCUGCUGUCCUAGACAAGAGGGAUUGA